GAUUUGGGAGCUCUAAACGUACAACGGGGUAGAGAUCACGGAUUGCCCCCUUAUAAUGAAUGGCGAAAGUAUUGUAAUUUGAGUUUUGCCCACACUUUCGAUGAUUUAAAGCAUGAAAUUAAAAAUGAAAGAAUAAGAUAUAAAUUGCAACAAAUAUACGGAAAUCCAAACAAUAUUGAUCUAUGGGUCGGCGCCGUGUCUGAAGACAUACUACAACUGUCGAAAGUCGGGCCAACAUUUCAGUGCCUAUUAGUUGAACAGUUUAAAAGACUUCGAGACGGCGAUAGGUUCUACUUUGAGAACUCCGGAGUCCUAACAGCGGAACAAAUGAUUGAAAUAAAGAAGACAUCACUCGCGCGAGUUAUUUGCGACAAUUCAGACAAUAUCACAACCAUUACAUCCGAUGUCUUCAUUCAACCCAAACACCAAAACUGGCAAAACUGUCAUCACUUGCCAGCAAUAGAUCUCAACAAAUGGCAAAAUAGUUUAAUGCCCGCCAAUCCAUGUACUAAUCAUAGGAAACAAAGUUUUCAAGACUUUGAAGUACCGGAACAGCUAUUGAAUCAAUUGAGAAAUGGAUAAUCACUGC